ACAGCCCUAUUGUGAUUGUCACUUUGGUUUCCAGAGGAGCAGGCGGUCACAUGAUGCAAACAGUGCCGAGAUGACUAGUCUGAACUAGAGAAGGAGAUUGAGAUAGGAAACAAGAUAAAGGAGAAAGUGAAGGACGAUAAACACUUUGCUUAAUAUAAUCCCAUAAUCCCACUCAGCAGAUAGCAGCCUCGAUGAAACCCAGACAUCCCUUGCUGCUGCUAGCCUAACUGGGACUGAAAAUCUCAAAUACAAAAGGCACAUUGCUGCCCUCUUCUGCAAGAUUACAGAAUGAGUCUCAAAGGGGUGUCCUUGCCGAGUACCCCAAUAACCACAUUUAAAGAUAUGAACACUUCCAAAAGAAGAUUUCUUGCAACCCCCCUGAGUCUCCCAGUACUGUCAAAUGGUCCAAGUUUACAUAUGACCAACAGGGCUGUGCCCCGCUUAAAUCCCCUUCACCCCCCAGGAGUCAAGAGGAGGACAGUAAGUUUGGAGACAGUGGCAGUACACCACCACAACCACCAGAGAGUCCUUAAUAUGCAACAAAAAGAGUACUAUAACUAUCAUCAGGGAUGGAGAAGACCAUUUUAUGGUACAGUUUUUGAACAAGAAGAAUACAGGAAGGAAAUCAGAGACCUGCUUAAAAAGCAAAUGUAUGAAAAGUGGGCGCUGCAGCGAGAGGUAUUAAGUAGCCAAAGUUUGGAGCUAGAGGCCCAAAAAGAGAAUGACCGUACCGCCUUAAUGCAAGACUUGGAGCAGCAGAGGACACGAGCCAUGUUGAUGAGAAACUUUCGGGAUGAAAACAAGAAGAUAAUGGAAACAAAAUGGCAGGAAAACAGACUGACGCGCUCUCUGGAAAAUAUGAAAGAGAGAGAAUUGCUCCACUAUAACCCUAUCAAUUGGAGUGGAACACUGAAAUGAGAGCCUCAUAAACAGCCUACAACCAGGUCAAGGUCCUCAAUUUUAGAAUAAUUACAUAAAACAAAGACAAAAACCAAC